CCAAGACGGUCACGGGUGUAUCUUGUAGAGCCGUCGGCAAUGACGAGCUGGGCCGCGCCGACCGAGCCUGCCAUCCUAAGCAUUGCGGGCGCGACGUAUCCCGUCUUCUUCACCUACGGCCAGGAGGACAAAAGCCUCCAGGUCACGAUCGUUUGCGCAGCGACGAGCACGGAGUUUACGACGACGCUGCCAGCGACGACUGUCGAUAUCCUUGCGUCCGCCGCCAAGUGUGAUGCCGCCUCUCAGGCGUUCCGCGCGUUCGUUCUCGACCACGUUCGAUUGCGCGUCGACGGGCGCACCCGCGCGUUCUUCCUCGGCCAUACGCGCUUCCACGAUCGUCAUUUUGAUGCUGGGCGACUGGCCGAUGCCGAGCAAGGUGUUGGCAAGCGCCUCGUGCGCCAGUUUGGUGACGUGGUGCGGUCCCUCGCCGACCAGCGCACUCUCCAAGAGCGCAUCGUGUGGAGUAACCAGCAGCUCAUGGACACCCUCACGAAAGGCUUCGAGCACAUGCACGAGCUCGCGGCGCGCUUUGUGCAGCACGAUGCGGUCGUGACCCAGCUCGUGGCGGACGUGCAGCAGUGGCGACGCCUCGAUAUGGAGAGAUACCGCGACUGGAUGGAGCUACAGCAACACGACCAUCGCAUUGUCGAAGAGCUCGAAGAGAGACUGCACAUGGUCUCGGACCGUACGCAGAGCUUGGUGGCCACGUGCGGUGCUUUAGAGACGUCGCUCAAGGCCCAGCUCCAAGACGCCGAGACGUCGUCGGCCCUUCGACACCGCGCGCUGGACGUCGAGACCAAGGCGAUGCAGCAACAUCUUGACGACCACCAAGCGCUCAUGCGCCGGGAAAUGGACCGGCUGCGCGAUGCGUUGGGUCUGCUGAACGACGCCCACUGCAAUACCUCCAAGCAGCUCAGUACGCUUGUCAGCCAAAUGGACUCGGUGGACGACCUCGCCGAGCGCGUUAGCUGUACCGCCAAGCUCGUGGCGCAGCUUCGACAAGACCACACGGAGAUGCUGCCCAAGCUGCAAGAAAUGUACGUCGGCGAGCGGCGGCGCGAAGCCAUUGCCGCGAUCGACCAACUCAACUUUUCGGCGCUCAAACCCCCCGCGAGCCACAGCUAGUAAUAAGAUCUGAGUUGCCCAACGUCCAA